AUGUGUUGCCUUUGCGGUUGCUGCGAAAGCAUCGUAAAAAUCUUGUGGGCCGUUAUAGCCUUCGCGAUCAACUCCCUCAUCACCCUAGUCAUCAUUGUCUGCACAGUAUCAUUCAUCGUCUGGGCCAUGCUCCGACACGACGCCGUCAAGUUCCGAGUCCAAGGCGCAGAGCUAACGCAGUUCACCUUUGAUCCAGACAAUACCAACCUCCAUUACAAUCUCUCGCUCGGUUUCUCCAUCCGAAACUCCAACUCUCGCCUCGGGAUCCACUACGACAGGUUCGACGCUAGGAUCUACUACGACCAUCACCGGUUAGCAACCGCGUCCGUGCCGCCGUUCUACCAGGGUCACAAGUCGACGGUUGCCGUUGGAACGGUGUUCCAAGGCCAGAAUCUAGUGUUGCUCGGUGAUCGCGGCCGGGGGAGAUUUGAAGACGAGAGGCGCUCUGGUGUUUAUGGGCUCGACGUGGAGCUGAAGCUUAGGACUAGGCUUAUGUUUGGGCUUGUGAACACGUGGCGGUUUAAGCCACGUGUUCGUUGUGGGGUCAAGGUGCAGUUGAGUUCCUCUGAUGCUGUAAGAGGGUCUGGAUUUCAAUCCACCGACUGCCGCAUCCAUUUUUGA